UCGCUUAGAUCUCCAUUUAACGUCCGCGGUUGCCCUAGACGGGCAUUAGAAAGAAGAGACUGAGAGAGUCGCUCGCCUCCCUCCGUCCUUGCUCCGCUAGUUGCUCCUGCAUCUGGCCGUCAUGGCCUCUCGCCGCUUGCUUUCCUCACUGCUCCGAUCCUCCUCACGCCGAUGCUCCGCUCUCAGGACUCCCGCUUCUGCAUGUCCCACUCCCCGAGCCGCCCCUCGCACCUCUCCCGUCGGCUAUCUCCUCUCCCGCGUCGCUGAGUACGCCACCGCUGCUGCCGCGGCCUCGCCGCAGCCUACGCCGCCACCCGCCAAGGCCCCAGCCGGGCCCACUGGAAAGAUCACGGACGAAUUUACCGGCGCUGGCUCGAUCGGGCAGAUCUGCCAGGUGAUCGGUGCCGUCGUCGAUGUCAGGUUUGAAGAGGGGCUUCCUCCCAUCCUGACAGCGUUGGAGGUGCUUGAUAACCAGAUCCGCCUGGUUCUCGAGGUCGCGCAGCAUCUGGGGGAGAGCAUGGUGCGGACUAUCGCCAUGGACGGUACUGAGGGCCUGGUUCGUGGCCAGAGGGUCCUCAAUACUGGAUCUCCAAUCACGGUGCCUGUUGGUAGAGCCACUCUUGGGCGUAUUAUGAAUGUUAUUGGAGAACCAAUUGAUGAGAAGGGUGACUUAAAGACCAACCACUUCCUUCCUAUCCAUCGGGAAGCACCUGCAUUUGUUGAACAGGCAACAGAACAACAGAUUCUUGUGACAGGAAUUAAGGUUGUUGAUCUCCUGGCACCUUAUCAGAGGGGUGGUAAGAUUGGACUUUUUGGUGGAGCUGGUGUCGGGAAGACUGUACUUAUUAUGGAACUGAUCAACAAUGUUGCAAAGGCCCAUGGUGGUUUUUCUGUUUUUGCUGGUGUUGGUGAGCGUACUCGCGAGGGCAAUGACUUGUAUAGGGAAAUGAUUGAGAGUGGUGUGAUCAAACUAGGAGACAAACAGAGUGAGAGCAAAUGCGCUCUUGUUUAUGGCCAAAUGAAUGAGCCCCCUGGUGCCCGUGCACGUGUUGGUUUGACUGGGCUGACUGUUGCUGAGCACUUCCGUGAUGCUGAAGGACAGGAUGUGCUUCUCUUUAUUGAUAACAUUUUCAGGUUCACCCAAGCAAACUCUGAAGUGUCUGCCUUGCUUGGUCGUAUACCAUCUGCUGUCGGUUACCAACCAACACUUGCUACUGAUCUUGGAGGACUCCAAGAGCGUAUUACAACUACAAAGAAAGGUUCCAUCACCUCAGUUCAGGCUAUUUAUGUGCCUGCUGAUGACUUGACGGAUCCUGCUCCAGCAACUACUUUUGCUCACCUUGAUGCUACAACUGUGCUGUCAAGACAGAUUUCUGAGCUUGGUAUCUACCCUGCUGUCGAUCCUCUUGACUCCACAUCAAGAAUGCUUUCUCCACACGUGUUGGGAGAAGAACACUACAACACUGCUCGAGGUGUUCAAAAGGUUCUCCAAAAUUAUAAGAAUCUUCAAGAUAUUAUUGCUAUUCUUGGAAUGGAUGAGCUUAGUGAAGAUGAUAAAUUGACGGUUGCUCGAGCUAGAAAGAUCCAGCGGUUCUUGAGCCAGCCAUUCCAUGUGGCUGAAGUUUUUACCGGUGCUCCUGGAAAAUACGUCGAACUGAAAGAAAGUGUGAACAGUUUCCAGGGUGUCUUGGAUGGAAAAUACGACGACCUGUCUGAGCAGUCAUUUUACAUGGUCGGAGGCAUCGAGGAAGUCAUUGCAAAGGCUGAAAAGAUUGCAAAGGAGUCAGCAGCCUCAUAAAUUUAUAUUCCAACAUUCAAUAAUUUGAGUAAUGUAGAAGUCAUCUUUAUUAGACCCGGCAGUUUCUUUGUUUUUGUUGUAUUAAGCAACUGCGGAAUCUCAAUUUUUCUCACAACAGAGCCAGAGUGCUCUGGGAUCCUUCUGCCAAUAAUCGAGGCCUAGGUGGACUUCUUUCUACUGCGCAUCCAGAAACAUACUUGUCGAACUCCUAUUUAAUUGUGUAUUUUGAACUAGUCAUGGCCAAUGCAAUUUGACAUGUUUGGAGAUUGUU